CACUUCCGUUCAUCAACGCAGCGUCAACACCAUCCUCACCAUCCUCACCGUCCUCACCGUCCUCACCAUCCUCACUGUCCUCACCAUCCUCACCAUCAACACCGUCAACACCGUCAACACCGUCAACACCGUCAACACCGUCAACACCGUCAACACCGUCAACACCGUCAACACCGUCAACACCGUCAACAAGCAUCUCAAUAUCCGUGAAUUACAUGGGAGACACCGCCGUGAACAAAUGCUUCUAAUACUGACGGGUCGCCUGUGAUCUAAUUGUCUCCAUUCGAUAAGACAAUAUUGAUAAGUCAGAAUCGAGAAUUUGUCUUCAUUGCAACGCUACUGUAUCGAUUUCUCCCAUGGUUCGGGCUACAUGGUUCGGGCUACAUAAUGUACCCAGAGAUGAGUCGUGCAGGUCUUGGCUUCUUCAAGCGCCGAAGCGACACUUGAAUACUGGUCCCUAGCACCACGGAGAGGUGCCUGCAUGUCGCUAGAGGAUCAUGGUGUAGACCCUGGCCCCAGGUCCUACCCGAUCGAGCACGCUUUUACAAACACAGGGCUCAUGGUCUGUGAGGGAGGAUGUUGGUAAAGCAGACCUCAAGCUGCGAGGAUUUUGUCAUCACAGAUCCUAUCUGCGGAGUUCACUUCGUAACGCAGCGCCCCCCUGUGAGGAUUUUGUCAUCACAGUUCCUAUCUGCGGAGUUCACUUGUUAUCGCAGCGCCCCCCUGCGGAGGUCCUUGGUUGCGCAGCUCUCCCCUGCGAAGUCCCUUGGUUACGCAGCUCUUCCCUGCGGAGGUCCUUGGUUGCGCAGCUCUCCCCUGCGGAGUCGCUUGUUGUCGCAGUCGUCUUCUGCGGAGGUCCUUGUUUUCGCAGCUCUCCCCUGCAGAUUCCCCUGAUAACGCAGAGCGUGUCCUCCGAGAGGACGUAUCCCCCACUUCACUGGGCUCAUGACAGUGAAUGCUAAGACCAAAAAGAUUUGAACUCUACGGGCAGACAAGACCGUGCCGUCUCGGAGGAUGAGGAUGGAAGUCCUGAAUUUCCUAGACCGGUUGUGGAGUGUCCUUUUAUGCAUUUUCGCCUACGGAUGCUCGUAGCUGCCAGAUAUGCAAAAUCUAUGGGAGAAGUGGUGGACUGCACUGUAAAUCUGUAGGAAACACUUCGUUUUUGCCGCCAGUUGAGGUGAUUCAAACAUCCGUUGAAGUAUGCGAUCUAGAGUUUGCAGCCAAUCUCGCCAAGCGCCCCACUUCGAACCGUGGCGUGCAUGAAUCUAGACGGGGCCACCCUCGGAACCACAUCUUGGCGGCUGCAUCUCAUAUUCAAGAUGUUUACGGUGAAUCACCUUCAACGGUCGUUGAAAAGCGCGUUAACCGAGCGUUGAGCAACAUUGGUUGCGUUUGAAAAAUGCCUGGAAAGAGGAAGAUUCUCCCGGUUACGUGGCCAGCCUAGUCGACUAUACAGGUACCUGCGGUCCAAUUGCCAAUUUUUUAAACGGUCUAUCAGACUAGGUCUUCGCCCCUUACACUACGGAACGCCGGGACAGCACAAUGCCGAAGAUAACGCGGCGAAUCCGAAAGCGAGAAUUGUCUGGUGGAAAAUGCGUCAAGAGGAUGUCGCGGCCUGGCCAGGAAAUGACUGUCCAUCAGACAUCUCCGCUCGCCCGCGUGCGUUCACGACCGGAAACCAUAAGAAUGCUCAGAUGUUUCGUCCGUUCCCUGCAAGAAAAACCCGUGUCCGGUUAGAACACAAUUCGGAUGAUGCCAACGUCUUUUCACUGACUGUUGACCAGAAGUACUCUACGCAUUAUAUUCUCUCCUCGGGAUACCAGAGGGCCGGGUUCCGUUUCCGGUACAGCCUAUGA